GCAGCGCGGGGUGCUCCCUCCGGGGCACGGACGGCCAGCCCGGGCAGUGCUGGCUGGCUCCUCGUAAAGCCCGGUGCUCGGUGCGCGCCGCACGGCAGCGGCUCGGUCGGGCCCCCCCCCCGUGCGCUGAGCUCCCGCCGCUCUCCCGGCAGGGGUCCCGGCUGCAGCGCCCGCUCCGCCGCCCGCCCGGCAUCUCUUCAGCGACCCGGCCGAGGUCCAGGCCCUGCGCCGGAAUCUGCUCGCCUGGUAUGACCGGUGCAAGCGGGACCUUCCCUGGAGGACACUGUGCUCCCAGCUAGUCGUGGCUGUGUUGUGGUGGGUGGUCUGAAGCCAAUCCUUAGGUAUGAAGAGUAAAAGCAGGGCACACUUCUCAAAUAUAACCAUCAAGAGGAGUACUUAUCUCUGGCACGGUUAGUCUAGCUGUGUUUUAAUCCUGUUUUGUUCCUGCCUCUAUGCUGCCCUGAAGCAGCAAGUGCUGCAUGGAGAAGGUUUCCCAUGUAUUUGUUUUAAGCCUGCUGGACGUAUUUUUAGAGCUCCUGCCUGUUCUGUGCUCUGCCUGGCAGCAGUGGCUCGAGAGUCAUUGUGGUGUUGAGGGUGGGCAUCAGCUUUUCAGCAAUGUCUGAAUGGUGGGAACUGCACAGCCCCUCUAUGGGAUUUACAUCUGCCUCCAGUUGCUUCCUAGGCAGGCAGGCUCAGGCAGCGACAGAGCCGGAUGCCGACCGACGGGGGUAUGCAGUGUGGGUGUCCGAGAUCAUGCUCCAGCAGACACAGGUGGCUACGGUGAUCCACUACUACAACCGCUGGAUGCAGAAGUGGCCGACGCUGCAGGCUCUGGCACAGGCGUCCCUGGAGGAGGUGAACGAGCUGUGGGCUGGACUUGGCUACUACUCCAGAGGGAAGCGUCUGCAGGAAGCAGCAAGGAAGGUGGUGUCCGAGCUCGCUGGCCGGAUGCCCAGGACGGCUGAGGAGCUGCAGAAGCUGCUGCCGGGCGUGGGCCGGUACACGGCGGGAGCCAUCGCGUCCAUCUCCUACGGACAGGCCACGGGAGCUGUGGAUGGGAACGUGAUCCGGGUCCUGUGCCGCCUGCGAUGCAUCGGUGCCGACUCCAGCAGCCCGGCUGUCAUCGACCGGCUCUGGGACAUGGCCAAUGUCCUGGUGGACAGGAGUCGCCCAGGGGAUUUUAACCAAGCCUUGAUGGAGCUGGGGGCAACUGUGUGUGUGCCCAAAUCCCCACUGUGCAGGGAGUGCCCGGUGAAACAGCACUGCCAGGCAUGGCACAGAGUGGAGAAGGAGCUGGCCUUCACCUCUCAGAAGCUGUUUGGAAAAGCCCCCCCAGUGCCUGAUGUUGAGGACUGUGGUGUUGGGGACUGUCCCCUGUGCCCCCCAGCCACGGAGCCGUGGGACAGCAGCCUGGGGGUGGCCAACUUUCCCCGGAAAGCAGCGAAGAAGCCGCCGCGGGUGAUGCGGACAGCCACGUGUGUGCUGGAGCGGAGGGGCUGCCAUGGGGCCCCAGAAUACCUCAUUGUGCAGAGACCCAGCUCGGGUCUCCUGGCUGGACUCUGGGAGUUCCCAAGUCUCCCGUUGGCUCAAGAUCUGAAGGAGGAGAAGGAGAGGGAGGAGCUGGCUGAUCACCUCCAGGCCUGGAUGGGGCAGCCCGUGGCAGCAAAAGGCCUGCAGUUUAUUGGAGAGGUCAUCCACAUCUUCUCCCACAUCCACCAAACGUAUGUGGUCUACUCCCUGCACCUAGAUGGGGAUGUGACCCUGGACCCUGCCUUGUCCCCAUCCCGCUGGGUGACAGAGGAUGAGUUCCAUGCCUCGGCCAUUUCCACAGCCAUGAAGAAGGUGCUGAAAGCUCACGAGAAGCAGCGCAGGAAGGAGAGCAGCCCUGUCAAGGGCUCCAAGCGGAAGCGGGGGGCAAAAGCGCAGGGAGCAGGCAGGCCCUGCCCUGGGACACAGCUCUCCCUCCACGCCUUUCUCCGGGCACCGACUGGCCCGUGAGGCCCCCGACCUUCCUCGUGUGAGACACCAGAGCCCCUCGCUGGGGUGAGCCCUGCCUGGGCCUGGCAGUGCUGUCCCUGUGCUGUAGCAAGCCCAGGACAUGGCACUACAAUGGUCUCUCGCUCUUCCUUUCCCCUGCCUCCCCUGUGGGCAUUGUGCCUGGAUGUGGCCACCGGUCCUGGAUUAAUCCUGGAGCCAGACUUGCCCUCCCUCCUUGGCUGGAGCCCUUCUGGGGCUACUCAGCCCUGAACUGCCACCACUUUGGCACUGUGGACUCAGGGCAGCAGGGCUUUCUCUCCAGCAGUGGGAAGGCUGUGGCCACAUGGCUACUGCGGCCCUGUCCCUGUCCCCUGCCUGCAUCUCAUGCCCCAGCCAGUGACUGGGGAUGCUGCUGUACCCUUCCUUGUUUUUACUGGACCUGAAAAUAAAUCUCAAGUGUGUGGGGUUUUUUAA